AUGUGGCGCUCCCUACAGAUCGCGUCGAUAGCGACCUUUCUUUCGCUCCCUUGGGUAGCUCUCGCCGGCCACCAGAUCAACCAGUACUAUACUACCAACGACGCCCUCCUCUCGCGCGACCCGUUUGCCCUCUACGACAAGAGACCAGAAGACUGUCCCCCAUGCUUCAACUGUAACCUGGAAGACUUUGCCUGCCUGCAGUUCGGUAACUGUACCAAGAGCAGCGGAAAGUGUUCUUGUCCUCCUGGCUAUGGCGGUGAAGAUUGCAGUCUUCCUUUAUGCGGCUCGCUUGCAGAUGGGAAGGAUCGUGCACCCAGAGAUGGUGACAACCCUUGUGAAUGUAAAGAGGGCUGGGAGGGCAUCAAUUGCAAUGUGUGCAAGACAAAUGACGCUUGCAAUGCCAUGAUGCCGAACAACGAAGAUGGAGUGUGUUUCAGAGAGGGUGUGGUACAAAAGGAAAACUUUCAGAUCUGCGAUAUCACCAAUCGCAAGAUCUUGGACAUUUUAAAGGGGCAGAAGCCGCAGGCAACGUUUAGUUGUAAUGCUGAGAGAGCAGAGUGCAACUUUCAGUUCUGGGUGGAUCAGAAAGAGAGUUUCUACUGUGCUCUGGAUACUUGCGAAUGGAAGCUCGAGGCAGCAGAGGAUAAGAACACCACACAGUACAAGUGCGAGCAUAUCAAGUGUUCUUGCAUUGCUGAUCGCAUGCUCUGUGGUGGAGAAGGUCUUGACAUCUCAGAUUUCCUGGCUGAGGAAAUAAAGGGCCCUGCUGAGUUCAAGAGCGUUAGCACUGACGGUGGCUCGAAGGACGAUGGAAGCAGCUUUUCGGAACCCGCCAUGAACGGCUUGAUCUCGAGCGUGUUUGGCGAUCGCAGCAUUCUUCUUAACUGCCAUAGUGGGGAGUGCCUGUACAAGACCGAAGUCCCAGGAUACGAACGGCCGAUCAAGACCAUCAACACGCCACUGAUUGCCGGCGUCAUCUCAGGCUGUGCCCUGUUCGUGGUCGCCGUGAUCUUGUUGAUUUUCUUCCUCAGUCGGCGAUCAGCACGACAUGGGUACAGCGCCAUCCGUCUUGGUGACGACGAGGAAGAAGAGAAUGCUCGACUUCUGGCUGACCACAAGCCGGCUGCGCUUUACUUCGAGAACGUUUCUUACAACUUGAAAGGAAGACAGAUUCUGUACGACAUCCAAGGUUCUGUGCAUCCUGGAGAGCUUAUGGCCAUUAUGGGCGCAUCGGGUGCAGGCAAGACUUCGUUCCUGGAUAUUCUUGCUCGGAAGAAGAAGCGUGGCACGGUGGCCGGUGACUUCUGGCUGAAUGGCGAGAAGGUUGCCGACGAUCAGUACCGGAAUGUUAUCGGCUUCGUGGACCAAGAGGACACCAUGCUUCCAACUUUGACUGUGCAUGAGACAAUUCUGGAUUCUGCGCUCCUGCGUCUUCCCAAAUCAAUGAGCCGUGCUUCGAAGGAGCAGAAGGUGGAAGAUGUUGAACGUCAACUGGGCAUCUACAACAUCAGACAUCAGAUCAUUGGGUCUGAGGAGACUGGACGUGGUAUUUCUGGUGGCGAGAAGCGACGAGUCGGCAUUGCCUGCGAAUUGGUCACCAGCCCCAGCAUCCUGUUUUUGGACGAGCCAACUUCUGGUCUGGACGCUUUCAACGCUUUCAACGUUGUGGAGUGCCUGGUGACUCUGGUCAAGACCUACAACAGGACUGUUGUCUUCACGAUCCACCAACCUCGCUCCAACAUUGUUGCUCUCUUUGACCAGUUGAUUCUCCUAGCUGAAGGACGAACUGUGUACAGUGGACCUUUCAAGGACUGUCAGGGUUACUUCGACAGCAUUGGCUACUCAUGUCCACCAGGUUUCAACAUCGCUGAUUACCUCGUCGACUUGACCAUGCAUGCUACUUCACACAAUGAGAUAGACGAUGUCGAAGAUAUUGGACUCGGCUCUGACGGCGGCGAUGGCAGGACAACCCGUGCAAGCUCGACCAUGGCAAUCAAGAGCAUCCCAAGCGUGAGCAAUGUCAGCAUCGGCGAGUCCGUCGGCUCAGGCCAAGCAGAACCUCUUCUUAGACCAAAGGGCAAGCGAAAGACGAGCAUUCGCCAACAGCAGGAGAGGCAGCUCUACACCAGGAAGAGCACAGACCAGUACCCUCCACCAUCGAGUGUUCGUAGCGAUGACAGCAACUUCGAAAGAGAUAUACAGAGGAGCCAGCAGCAAUGGCUCAGACUUUCGAAGCAACAAGGCGUGCCUCCACCACAUGAGGAUCCUCACAACCUGCCGCCACCAGCUGAGAGCGGGACGGGCACGAAUCUCGACAUACUGGUCUCUGCGUAUGCGGAAUCGGAGGUGGCGAGGCAAUUGCAGGAAGACACCCGUAAUGCAGUGUCUACCGCAGAAGGCAGCAAUGGUCACCCUCCAGGGGCUCCAAACGGCACGAAUGGCAGCAAGGUCAUGGGUUAUAAGAAGCCAUGGCCACACAUUCAAUUCCUGAUCUUGUCGCGCCGCACAUGGCGAAACCUAUACCGGAACCCGAUGCUCAUGCUCACUCACUACGCCAUCGCAAUUGUGCUGGCAGUCUUCCUAGGAUUCCUCUUCUAUGGCCUGACUGACGAUCUCAAGGGCUUCCAGAACCGUCUGGGAUUCUUCUUCUUCCUGCUGGCUCUUUUCGGCUUUAGCACUCUUACAUCCUUGACAGUCUUUGCGCCUGAGAGGCUCCUCUUCCUCCGCGAACGAUCCAAGGGAUACUACUCGCCUAUCGCCUAUUACCUAUCCAAAGUCGUCUUCGACGUGGUCCCUCUACGACUUCUUCCACCACUUAUUAUGGGCUGCAUCGUCUACCCAAUGACCGGCUUGAUCCCCGCCUGGGGCGAGUUCUUCAAGUUCAUAUUGUUCAUCGUUCUCUUCAACCUGGCCUCGGCUAUGAUUUGCCUAUUCAUCGGCAUUGUUGUCCGCAAUCCGGGCGUGGCCAACCUUCUCGGCGUGCUUGUCAUGCUGUUCAGUCUCUUGUUCGGAGGGUUCUUGCUCAACCACGAGACGAUCCCAAAGCCAGUCUUAUGGCUGCAGGCAUUGUCCAUCUUCCAUUACGGCUUUGAAGGCCUCAUCGUCAACGAAGUCCGCUACCUAUCUCUCAUCGACCACAAGUACGGCCUCGAUAUCGAAGUCCCAGGCUCGGCCAUUCUAUCCAGCUUCGGGUUCAACGUCCUCGCCUUGUGGAGCGAUGUCGUUGGGCUUGCCGUCUUCUGCGGCGUUUUCCUUCUGCUGGGCUACCUGGCCAUGCACUUUUUGCUUGUCGAGACGAGAUAA